ACAUUUUUAACGGAUAUAACGUUACUGCAUUUGCCGUUCCUCUGCCAUUUUAUCUGUUAAAUUAUUUGUUUAAAGCUUAAAUCUGUCUGUACCACAUGUAUCGUUACAAACACAUUGAAUUGGACCUUAACAGGAAAGGACAGAGAUCGACAGUGGUCCAGGAGGGGAGGGGGUUGCUUCUGUCAACCUCCAUCCUUUUUAAAACUCGUUAUACUCGGAUCUUAAACGAGAGGCUAGACUUUAGAUCACAAAUGAACCAGUUCAGUAAAAAAACAUCAUGACUACAACCAUCUCGCUGUUUUGGGGUUUGUGCCUCUGAAUCAAGUCUAGAUUAAGAUCUUAGAAAAGGGAUUUCUGAAACCGCUCAAUUCAUUUCAACAUGUCACCCCAUCCAGUGGUUCAGGCAGUGAUAGACCUCUCUGCUGGGGCUAUAGGGGGCACAGCAUGCGUGUUUAGUGGUCAACCGUUGGACACAGCUAAAGUGAAAAUGCAGACGUUUCCCACUUUAUAUAGAGGCUUUGUGCACUGUUUUGUUUCAACUUACAAACAGGUUGGACUUCGAGGGCUGUAUCAAGGUACCACUCCUGCCCUUAUGGCUAACAUCGCUGAGAAUUCAGUCCUUUUCAUGUCCUACGGUUUUUGCCAAAAAGUGGUGCGUUUCGCCUCUGGUCAAGAAAAAGGGGCUGUUCUCAGUAACAUGCAGAAAGCAUGCUCAGGCUCUGUAGCCUCUGUGUUUGCCUCUCUUGUGCUUUGUCCCACUGAGCUGGUCAAGUGCAGACUGCAGGCAAUGCAUGAGAUGGCUUCAUCCGGCAAGAUCGCAACCCAUCAAAACUCAGUUUGGUCGGUCAUAAAGUCCAUUAUGCAUAAUGACGGUCCUGCAGGGUUCUUCCAAGGUUUAACCACCACUAUAGCACGGGAAGUUCCCGGAUAUUUCUGUUUCUUUGGAGCGUAUGAACUCUGUCGUUCUUUCUUCGCUGACUACAUGAACUGUGGCAAGGAUGACAUAGGUGUAGCCCCCAUUAUGUUCAGCGGGGGUUUCGGUGGAGCUAGUCUCUGGCUUGUGGUGUACCCAAUAGACUGUGUUAAAUCCAGGAUACAGGUCAUGUCAAUGACAAGAAAACAGGCUGGUUUCUUUAAAACCUUUAUGCAUAUCUUCAGAACAGAAGGUGUAAGGGCUUUAUAUUCUGGCCUUACUCCCACCAUGAUUCGGACGUUUCCGGCCAACGGUGCUCUGUUUUUAGCCUACGAAGCCAGUCGGAAGUUUAUGAUGGCACAGUUUGACAGCUGACCCUUCACACAACUACAUGAUGGCCAGUCUGGUCUUACUCUAGUACACAUGUCAUGCGCACAAUCCCUAACAUAGACUUUCAAUACACAGCUUUUUUAUUUAUAUUUUUAUGUUAUUUUUAGGUGCUUUAUAGUAUUGUACUAUAUUUUUUAGUAUUAACCAAAGUUUUUAAGUCAGUGGAGAAAUGGUUUUACAUGCUCUCUCCAACGUGUUUUAUCACUACUUUAUUUGUUUAUUUUAUUUACUCAUUUUAUUUAGAACUAAAUACUGUGUACUUCACUUUAUACAUUUGUGUGUUUGCCAAAUGUAAACAGUCCCGCAGAAUGAACUACAACUAUGCAACUAAAAUUUAAAUACUUUAACACUAAUAGGUAGAGAAAGAUUUAAGAUUUAAACCCUAUGGGAUGGUUUCCCAGAUAAGGGAUAGUUUAAGCCAGGACUAGGCCUUAGUUUAAUUAGAAAAUAUAACUACGGUAGUUUUAACAAACAUGCCUUACUAAAAACAUUACUUGUGUGCAUUUUGAAGCAAAACAAAGAGCACUGAUGUAUUUAUUGAUAUGUAGUUUUCAGUUUGGAUAGCUCUUACAUUUAUUUUAGUCUAUGACUAGUCUAAUCCCGGUCUGGGAAACCGCCCCCAAAUGACAAGUGCCUGAUCUGGAACCACAAAUAAUGUGAUGAUAUGUGUUUGAAUAUGUGUUUGUAGUCUAUUUUCCUUUUAUAUUAAUAUUAUUUCAGGAUCAGUGUUAUUGUUGUGUAUGUUGUGUACACUUUUUUAGUAUUUUGAAAUUGUGAUAUUGCCUUGUUCAGGUACAACGCAUUUCUUUUACUUUCUUUUAAAUAGCUAAAUGUUCCUGUAUGUGUUGUUUCAUUCCAUCAUAAUUCAUGAGCAUUUGUGGCAUAUAUCGUAUUCGUAACAUUUGAAAUCUUCUGAUUUUUUUUUGCUCUGAACAAUAUAUUUCAACACGCUUUAAAAAUCAAAUACAGUAACUCUGUAAAAGCA